AUGGAGCCAGCCGAGGCAUCAUCAGAUGCGACAGUGAUCCACAAGCUUGGUCCCGAAGGUCAUCUGUACGACCCUCUCCCGACUCGCAACUCGAUCCGAACUCUGCUACUUGCCCCAGGUUGCGAUGAAGAUGAAAUCGUUUGCUACUUUUUCCCAUGCGACUUAGACAAAGAUCGUAGUAUCGAUGCUUCGAGCCCAAGACCGUUCAAGAGUCUAGCUUUUGGAACAGCGUCCGGCUCGGGUAGUGAGGAUGCUGAGAGGCAAUUUCAACUCCACGUUGAUUGCUAUGUCGAAAAAAGGCAAGAACCCAAGUCGAUAUCUCAAGCUGCGCCUAUGAAGCAAGAUCAAUCGUCUCGCAAAGGAAAAGAAGUCGCAAGAAACGUCGAAAACAUCUCGCAGAUAUUGUCAGAGGCCACUGACUCGGCAGACUUGAAGAGCAGGGUUGAAAAUUAUUUAGAGGAUUUCAACAAGUUAGCCGACGGCGAGACUCCAUCCGAGAGGCGACGAAAGGUCCUGGUCAAAUGGGGUCUGCACUACUUUGCAUUUAUAAAGAAAAACCCUCAUGGUGAACAUGAGAAGAAUCGUGAGCGGCAAGCGUUCGAAGCCUGGCGUGCAGGUUUUGCAGCCGCCAGCUUGAUGUCCAACGAAAAGCAGCCAGACUUGCUUACUGACGACGACUGGGACUUUCUGCAACUUGCGAGGCUCACGUUUUCAAAUGGCUCUCUGCAUGCUCCGCAUCACCCGUUUCAACGUUUCACUGCCCUAUCCUACGUUUGGGGCGACCCAACAGCUCCGAAAAGCAUCCUAAUCGAUGGCAAAACAAGGUUCUGGGUUACUAGAAACCUCUUCGACGCGCUCAAGACCCUGCGACGACCAGACGGGGCUUUAAUGUUCUGGAUAGACGCCAUUUGUAUAAACCAGGACGAUCCAGAAGAGAAAAGAUGGCAGAUUGGUCUCAUGAGACGCAUCUACCGGCAGGCACAUAGAGUACUUGCGUAUGUGCCUCAGACUGAGGACGAUAAAAACAACCUGAACAGGCUUGUUAGCCUGAUUCUCAGAGCCGACAGGAAAUGUCGAGAGGCAAUUGAGUCAGGGCCGAUACCACAGGAAGAGCCGAAUGAGAAAGACGCUAUAAGCUCGUUCUCGAUCGGCCCUAAUGUCGAAUUCCACGUAAUGCCUCUAAAGAACAGAGGAGCCUGCCUUGAGGACUACGAUCUGCCCGCUGAAGACGACCCGAUCUGGGGAGCUUGGAGACGAUUUUUCGCCUCACCUUACUUUAGAAGGAUGUGGAUUCUCCAAGAAUAUGCCCUUGCUGCUUCACUUGACUUCGAGUUUGGCGGAGGGCAAGGCAGCUCUGACGGGAUCCUUCUUGCUAUGGAUGCCAUAGACAGAAGAAGUAGGCGGCUGAACGCCAAAUACAUGGCUUGUGAUGACUUCGAGCUACUUCGAAAGGCCUAUUUGGGCUGGAUUGGAUACAAGCAGAUGGUCAUGGAACGUGUUUUCACGCGCACUGACAUCUACAAGACGAGGUCCCUGGAUCGGGGACUUGUCAAAGUCCUCCCGACAAGUAUGACCCUAGAAGCCACCGAUCCGCGAGACAAGAUUUAUGGUUUGAUGGGUCUUGUGUCCGACGCAGAAGCUUACAUGGACCUUGUCAGCUACCAUAAUCAUGACACGUACGUCGUGAUCUACAAGCGCUUUGCUAGACGCUUGAUAGAGAAGGGAAAUUUCACUCAAAUAUUACGCAUGGCGUGCCAGACAUCGACAAAUGCGCAGCUCCCCAGUUGGACACCCAAUUGGUCAAGUCCGAUUUCCCGAAACACCAUCUCGCAGAAUUACGCGUUCAGAGCUGGGGGUGAUAGCAAUCCCGUGAGCAGUCAUUUAUCUCCUCAAAACCCUGACCAACUCAACACUGCUGGCUAUAUCGAUUCCAUUGUCACUUUCAAGACCUCAGCGUUUGCCUCAAGCAGUCAAUAUGGUGCAAUUCAAGGUGGACCAGACUCUUUGCAGGAUCUUUUUGACAAUGUCUUCACAGCCUGGGAAGAGCUCAGUGCGCAUUGCGACCGAGACCGGAUCGACUUUAUGUGGGAUAUCCAUGAGUGCUUGACCAUGCAGGCACGGAAAGUUGAGUCUAUGGACCAAGCAACUCGUAGCGACAGCGAGACCAAAGAUUUGGAGAAUUACCGCACGUUCAUGGCUCGCAUGGCUCAGUACGAUCUCAGUGGAGAACGAAAGAAGUGUGCAGAGGACAGUCGGUACCGUCUCCGACUAGGAGAUGUCGACGAAGCGGAAAGGGACUUCAUCCUGAAGAUACAAUCGAAUACCGCAAACAGGUGCUUUUGCGUCCUGAGUUGCCCAACCGGCGACAGGAUCGGCCUUAUAUCUAAAGAGGCGGAGGUAGGUGACUGUCUUGCGAUAAUAAAAGGUGCAGCGGUACCGUAUGUGCUGAGGGAGAUGCCUGAAGGUGUGGUCGAGGAUAGAACAGCCUAUGAGUUGGUAGGCGACGCGUAUGUCGCUGAACUGAUGCUUGGCCAGGCUCUACAGGAGGAUGACUUUGCUUGGGAUGACAUAGCGCUCAUAUGA